GUUAAAACUUGGCUGAAACCGGCCAGUUUGGACGAAUCACGCUAAAUUGGCCAAAUUCUUUUUCAACCUAAUCGACGGUACAAACCGGUUCGGAACGUUCGGAGUAGGGAAGUGGUGCGAUGAGGUGAUAACGUGGACAAUUGCAGAGCUACACAUGUUCUGGUGGCGAGGAAACGAAAGAAACCCAAAGCUCUUAUGGCCAAAUGGUUUCAUCAUCUCCCUCGCCAUGUCUUGCUAUCAAAUUCCGUUUCUCCUUCGACCCUGUUCACGUCCUUGAUUGCCGAUGGCUGCUUCGGUAUUCCAGGCGGCUUGCUUCCAUCAAUGCAGGUCCAAUUCUCCCCUCUCUUCCAUCUCCAACUCACCCAUCAGAAGAACGUCAGUUUUGGCGCGAAGCUCUAACGGUCAGCAAAACCCUUCUUCCUCUUCCAACGGCUCUCUCUCUCUCAAUGACAAGAAAGCAUUCCCAGGGAAGGCGGAGGCGGAUGUGGUGGUAAUUGGGAGUGGGAUCGGUGGGCUGUGUUGUGCUGGACUUCUUGCUAGAUACGGGCAGGAUGUUGUGGUGCUGGAAAGCCAUGAUCAGCCUGGUGGAGCUGCUCAUUCCUUUGAGAUAAAGGGCUACAAGUUCGAUUCUGGUCCGUCCUUGUUCUCUGGGUUUCAGUCUAAAGGUCUUCAGGCUAACCCUCUUGCACAGGUUCUUGACGCAUUGGGUGAAUCAGUUCCAUGCUCAAGUUACGACUCCUGGAUGGUGUAUGUUCCUGAAGGCGAGUUCUUGUCACGUAUUGGACCGACAGAAUUCUAUAAGGAUCUUGAAAAGCAUGCAGGCCCUAAUGCAGUUCAAGAAUGGAAGAAACUUCUUGACGCUAUACUUCCAUUAUCAGCAGCUGCAAUGGCCCUGCCACCCUUGUCUAUUCGAGGUGAUCUCGGUGUUCUGUCAACUGCUGCAGCUAGAUAUGCACCUUCUCUAUUGAAAUCUUUUGCUGAGAUGGGUCCUCGGGGAGCCUUUGGUGCAACUAAGCUUCUCCGACCCUUCUCAGAGAUUGUCGACUCCCUAGAACUGAAAGAUCCUUUCGUCCGAAAUUGGGUGGAUCUUUUGUCUUUCCUUCUAGCCGGGGUCAAAUCUACUGGUGUACUCUCAGCAGAGAUGAUUUACAUGUUUGCAGAAUGGUACAAACCAGGUUGUAGCCUUGACUACCCCAUUCAUGGUAGUGGGGCUAUCGUGGAAGCCCUUGUACGUGGGCUUGAGAAGUUUGGUGGGCGUAUCUCUUUAAGAAGCCAUGUCAACAAGAUAGUCGUGGAAAACAAUAGGGCUAUCGGGGUUGAGCUUAGAAGUGGCCAAUUUGUGCGAGCAAGGAAAGCCGUGAUAAGCAAUGCGUCUAUGUGGGACACUGCCAGUUUGUUGCCUAAAGAAACACUUCCAAAGUCAUAUGUAGACAGGAUCAACACCACACCUCAGUGUGAAUCGUUCAUGCAUCUCCACUUAGGCUUUGAUGCAACUGGUUUGCGAGAUGAUCUGGGAAUUCAUCACAUAGUCGUGAAUGAUUGGGAGAGGGGAGUGGAUGCGGACCAGAACGUGGUUCUUAUAUCAGUUCCUAGCGUUCUCAGUCCGGACUUGGCUCCUCCAGGGAAGCAUGUCUUGCAUGCCUAUACCCCUGGAACUGAGCCAUUUGAGCUGUGGGAAGGGAUGGACCCCAAAAGCAAUGAAUACAAGCAGCUCAAACAGGAGAGAUCAGAGGUGAUGUGGAAAGCCGUGGAGCGUGCUCUGGGUCCAGGAUUCGAUCGAGAGAAACUCGAGGUGAAGCUGAUCGGAACUCCAUUGACACAUAAGAGAUUCCUCAGGAGGAACAGAGGGACCUAUGGACCUGCAAUCGAAGCUGGUAAGGGCACAUUUCCUGGACACUCUACUCCCAUAUCUCAGCUUUACUGCUGUGGGGACUCCACGUUUCCUGGGAUCGGAGUCCCUGCAGUUGCUGCUAGUGGUGCCAUUGUUGCCAACUCCCUCGUCUCAGUGGCUCAACACAACCAGCUUCUCGACGCCAUUGGAAUCUAAAGCUACCUCCUGCAACAGCUUCUCGACGCGCCAUUGAGUCAUCGUGCAGUUUACUGUGAAAUAGAGACAUCAUUGACGAGAUUUUCUUGUUUGUUUCAUCGAAAGUCAAAGCCCGAGGGGUGUUUUUUUUUUGGUCUCAGUGUUGUUGUCUGGAAGCAAGAACUUCGAGAUUGCCAAGGUUGACUGCCAUUGACAUCUUGGAGUCUUCUGUUUUAGUAAGGGCAGCAAAGUAACAGCAAUUAGAAUUGUUCAAAGGUCCAUUCAUUGACAACGUAGUUGUUGGAUUAUCGUACCAGUCAAAGUCUACUGCCAUGGAAAUGAUAUUAACUACUAUAUUAAGUCUUUCCUUGCUCCUCCAUAGUCAAAUAGCAGGCCUGCAAAGAAAGGGAAAACAGGGUAUUAUUAUGGUGGGUGCUCCCAUGCUCAUGAAACUCAUCAAUGCGCAUGACGUGAAGUGAGAAAAAGAAGAUAAGCUUUUGUAAAUAGUUUCAUGGUGCAUAUUCAAUUGUCAGUAUAGGACCCUUUUUCUUAGGAUUGAAAUUUGAAAUAAAAAAGCUUAGGCAUUUGGUUGGUUGUGGUAUAUUUACCUAAGAGAACAUAUAUUAGAAGAUAGUAGAAAUGAGUGAACCUGUUAUCCUGUCAAUUCUAGAGUUGAGUCUUUUCAAAGAUCACGAUCCGCUUUAGCUAAUAAAAGAUCUUAACUUAA